CAGGAGGCGGGGGCUGCCGUUGCCUCAGCCGCCGGCGCUGCCAGGGCCGGUCGCGCUGCCUGGCGGGCGCCUCGCGCGGAGGAGCCGCCGCCGCCGCCCCGCCGAAUGAUGUGCUUGGUCAGCGCCGCGAUGAAAGCUCAAAUUGAAAUUAUUCCAUGCAAGAUCUGCGGAGACAAAUCUUCAGGAAUCCAUUAUGGUGUGAUUACCUGUGAGGGUUGCAAGGGUUUCUUCAGGAGAAGUCAGCAAAGCAAUGCCACGUAUUCCUGCCCUCGUCAGAAAAACUGCUUAAUCGAUCGGACCAGUAGGAACCGCUGCCAGCACUGCCGGUUGCAGAAAUGCCUCGCUGUGGGGAUGUCUCGAGACGCCGUCAAGUUUGGUCGCAUGUCCAAAAAACAGAGGGACAGCUUGUACGCAGAGGUCCAGAAGCAUCGGAUGCAGCAGCAGCAGCAGCGAGACCACCAACAGCCCCCCGGAGAAGCGGAGCCGCUGACCCCGAGCUACAGCAUCACGGCUAAUGGCCUGACGGACCUGCACGAUGACCUCAGUAAUUACAUAGAUGGUCACCCUCCUGAAGGUAGCAAAGCCGACUCUGCGGUUAGCAGCUUCUACUUAGACAUACAGCCUUCUCCAGACCAGUCGGGGCUUGAUAUUAAUGGCAUCAAACCAGAACCAAUCUGUGACUACACACCCACGACGGGCUUCUUUCCAUAUUGCUCCUUUACCAAUGGGGAGACCUCUCCUACUGUGUCCAUGGCAGAAUUAGAACACCUGGCACAGAACAUUUCUAAGUCACACAUGGAAACCUGCCAGUACUUGAGGGAAGAGCUGCAACAGAUCACCUGGCAAACGUUUCUGCAGGAAGAAAUUGAGAACUAUCAGAGCAAGCAAAGAGAAAUCAUGUGGCAGUUGUGUGCGGUGAAAAUAACGGAAGCAAUACAGUAUGUCGUAGAGUUUGCCAAACGCAUCGACGGCUUCAUGGAACUAUGCCAAAACGAUCAAAUUGUGCUUUUAAAAGCAGGGUCUUUAGAGGUUGUAUUUAUCAGAAUGUGUCGUGCCUUUGACUCUCAAAACAACACAGUAUACUUCGAUGGCAAAUACGCUGGCCCAGAUGUAUUCAAAUCAUUAGGCUGUGAAGAUUUCAUUAGUUUUGUUUUUGAAUUUGGAAAAAGUUUAUGUUCUAUGCACCUUACUGAAGACGAGAUUGCAUUAUUCUCAGCUUUCGUUUUACUAUCUGCAGAUCGAUCGUGGCUUCAGGAAAAGGUAAAAAUAGAAAAGCUCCAGCAAAAAAUUCAGUUUGCGCUUCAACAUGUACUGCAGAAAAACCAUCGAGAAGAUGGAAUAUUAACAAAGCUAAUAUGCAAAGUGUCUACCUUAAGAGCCCUGUGUGGACGACAUACAGAAAAGCUCAUGGCGUUCAGAGCAAUAUACCCAGACAUUGUACGACUUCAUUUCCCUCCUUUGUACAAGGAGUUGUUCACUUCAGAAUUUGAGCCGACGGUGCAGAUGGAAGGGUAACGGGGUCUUCUCGAGCCUUCUAGAAGGGACAGACAUUCAAGCAGAAAGAUAGCAAGAGAGAAAGAGAUUAAACGAAACCGAGACACUUUCGUGGCCCUGCUUAAGAUGUAGGGAGCCAGCACACUGCACAUCUUCCGGGCAAAGGCGCCAGGCGAAGGAGGGGAAAAACGAAGCAAGGGCCGAAGUUGCUCGUCUUCUUGGUCCAGUUGCUGCGAUGCUCACCCAGAGGGACCCUUUUUUCCUGUCUGGACUUCUCAGUCUUCAGCCUCUGUUUACACAGAAGGAGGGUUUCCCUCUGUCCUUGUAACUCACUGCCCACAGAGACGCUCACCGAACAAGGUCCGAACCGAAUCUCCAGCUUGACUCCGGUGACUGGUGUGCAUCACAGAGGCUCCACAUCAUCAGUUUUGCACAACCUUGCUCAUGGUUUCAUGAAGGACGAUGUCUUUUCACCGUACCGUGAUUGCCGCCAGGCGGAAUGGCAUGAAAAGAGUCCAUAGCAAUAGCAUUAUAAUCUAUUACAGGGUAAAUGGGCAUGAAGUCAAUAUAUAGCAAAAGAGAUGAUAUUGUUUAUAUAUUGUUUUAAUUAAUAUAAAAAUGUAGUUAACUGGUAUAACUUUUAUUGUUGAAUUGAUAAGGCACUUUCAUUUUGCACCUUUUUUUCUUUUUAAAUUAUAUGCUGGCGUGUUCAAUGUUUGUGCUGCAUGUACACCAGAAACCCAAGUUUAAGGGAGGGCUGGAAGGGAGAGGAGGAGGACACUGCAAAGGGGGUUGUGCUGCUAUUUACCACGUUUCCUUUGGCAGAGAGGCUGGCCCAGGUCAUGAGAUACCCUUCCGUGGUCUUGUGUAAGGGGGCAGGGAGGGGAGUCAAGCUUCUAAACUGUUCUCUGGUUCUUAAAACUAUGAUUUUAUUGGAGAAGCAAGAAAAAAGAAAAAAAUCCCUAUUUUUAAACCAGAUUGCUGACAAUGGGGAUUGAAAAAAAAAGAGCUAUGUUUAGUUACUUAACAAAACAUGUUGGUUUUCAGUAACAUCUUUUUAAAAUCAGCCCAUUUCCUGGGGUGAGUAAAUAUGGAUUCCGACAACCAAAUUUAGACACUUGUGUUUUGGAAAUAUUGGUCCUAAUACUUUUGUUUACAUUUUGUGUGUGUUUGUAUAUGUGUAUGUGUGUGGAGAGAGAGAAAAACAGAUUCAAUGUAUUAAGACAGAUAGGGUACAUACAAUUUUUUUUUCUCGUGGAUAGUCUCCAUGGGCUUAAAUCUUGUAUUCAGUGCAUGGAAACCCAACUUUUUUUGCUGAAACGGCUGGAGGCUUGUUAAAAAACCUGCUCUUACACGUGGCUAAUUCCUUUGUAAACUAAGAAGUGCUACUUGCACCCAUGCUUCCCAAUUCGUUCCAAACAGAAGCUCCCACAGAGGGGGGCGGGGAGCUUGGAUCACACAGUUGCCACCGCCAUCUUGGUAUCUCGGUCAGUCCGCUAUUUUGAAAUCCAAAACAAUCUGAAUUCAUGCUCUGCUUACCACGUGCUACACUUUAGCCACCUACACCUAGAAUCAGGAGCAAGAAGCUCUAUAUUAAGAAUUAUUUAUAUCCUGGCCGAUGAAAUCUACCUGAGCAAUCCUAUUCAAAUGCAAAAUCUGAUCUAAAAGGCGGUGAUACAAGUUGGACUCCAGUUCUCCUUUUGACAUUCCAUUUGCUCCUUCAGCCACUUCAAAAUCUUGGAGAGGGUCCCCUCAAACUGACCAGAAGUUCCAGUUGGAAUCCUGGUCUUCACAGCUGUGUUUAGAGCCAGUGACCAAGGCUGCAAUCCUGUGCCCUUUGAUCUAUUGGGAAGCCCCACUGAGUACAUGAGGCUCUUUGGUUGAGUUCUUGAAUCACCCGUAUUUAAAGAAACCAACUACACAAUCUUUAAUUCUCGCCUAUUUCUCUUUCCUGCCUCUUGAAAUACAGUCUGUAUUAUCAGUGAAUCUUAACUCACAUUUAUCAGAGUAAGUAUUUUUAAUUUGUUGACUACUAAUCGUUCUGAGGGCCAUUUUGAAUUCUGAUUCCAGUUAUCUUUUUGGUGGUAAAAAUGCCAUCAAGAAUGAAAGUGAUUGAGACCUUUAUUCACGGAUAGUGGUAAUGUCAGCCAGAAUUGCAAGCUACUCUUCUUUAAAAAAAUAGGUUAAAAAUAUAGCAAGCUUCAGCAUCCCAAUGAUCUGAAUAUAAAGCCUUUGUAGGGAUGUGUCUCCUCGUCUCAACCUCUUUAUCCUUGACCUAGAGAUGACUUUACUAGGUAGCUAAAACUUUUGAGAAGAAUAUUUUCAUUCUUUGCUUUAUCAAGCCUUCUGUAGGAUCAUGUAUGUCCACAAACCAUAGUAGAGUUUGUUCAUGUCCUGUCAUGUCUAUGAAAAAAAAAUUGAGUUUUCCUAGCAUGAGGACUUUUUCCAGAGAGUUAAGUCUUCAAAUAAUGUGUCCAAAAUAGGAUAAUUUAAGGUUAGUCUUUUGUGCCAUGAGUGAGAAUUCUAGGUUGACUUGUGGGAUGAUACAUUUUUUUUUUAAAAAAAAAAAUCUUAGCUGUUGAUGCUCUUCUCAGGAGCCUUCUCCAGCUCCUAAGUUCAAAAGCAUCAAUCUUCCUCCUUCCCUGUUUCUUCAAAGUCCAACUUUGACUUCCCUAGAGAAUCACAGGGAAUUAAUUCCCUGUCUUGCUCUGUUCUGAUCAUUUCCUUUUAGUUAAUAGCAAAUUAUAUUUUGAUAACGAUAAAAUGAUGCUGAUAAUCCUCUUAUGAAAGAUGCCACAAGUAAUCAGUAAUAUGUACUUUGAAUGUCAGAGGGGAAACCUAUUGGCAAAAACAUAAACUCCAGAAAUAAGUUUUAACAUCCAAAGUUGGCUAGCCUAAUAUACUUGUUGGAUAACAAACUCCAGGUAGGAUUCAACUAUAUAAAGUGUAGCAUUCUCCGUGGUGGGAUAUAUCAAAACUUCACAAUAUACCUGCAGGUGAACUCCAGAAAACUGGAAGUUAAAAUUAAUUUGGGUUUCCAUUCCCCUAUCCUAUUUUGGUGGACCUAUUGCACUAUUUUAAAAGAAGGCAUCUAUCCUGGGCCUUGACGGCACAAUUCUGUCUCAGUCGUGUUUAUAUUGUUUAGAAUUAUGAACUGACAUGAUAUGUGACAUUCUUUUAAAUUUGGUUGUCUUUUUAGGGAGCUUUUCAUUGUCAUAAGGUUAUCAAGGUCUGUGUGUGUGUACCCUUUACGUGUGGGGUAUAUGCGUGUGUGGUUGUUGUUAGGCCAUUAAGUGUCCAUGGAAUAAAGAAAAAUGUGUUGAAGAUAUGUAAGUCAAAAAUAGAAGGUGGAAAAAAUAUUCUAUAUAAAGCCUUGUCUGGACCACUUAGAGAGACUUCUAUUUUUUUAACCCUUCUAUAAAUAUUUGGUGGCACUUGAACUAUUCCUGCAAUAAAAUGUGAUUUGUGUAAAGGUAGAAACAAACAAAAAAGAUUUUGUAAUGUGAAAAAAAAAUGAAAGAAAGCAAUGUAAUUUUUCUAAAAAAGAAAAACAAAAAACAAACCAACUUUGUAUUAUUUUUGUGGAUGGAAUUUGUCUACUUGUCUUUGGAAAAAAGCAUUUGAUUUCAUUGAAUGUGCCAUAGCAGAGGCGCGUGGGUGGUGGGUUUUUUUCGUUAUGUCGUAGGUGAAAGGAAGUGAUUUUGUGUUUCCGACAUUCCGUAAAGCGUGAGGCCAUCGCAAAAUAAUUCUUUUUAAAAAUGUAUUCGCAAGCUUCGGUCUUUGUUGCUUUUUUUGCACAUGUGUUUCAUUUCUCUCUAGUGCAAUAUGGGCGUAGAGCACUUGCGGGUUUUACUCAGGGAAAAUUACAUAUUUGUUAUACAGGGUUUUACGUUGUCGUUUUUUGUGGUUGUUUGGGGUGGGGUGGGGGUCGAGGGGUGUUUUUUCUUUUGCUAAGGAAUGUCGAUUGAAUCACCUGUUGUCAAAGAGGCAGCCAGAUAAUAAUCCUAACGCCACUGCCAAAACCCCGAAUCCUCUCUCGUUCCAGCCCUUGCCACUGACCACCACUUCCCCUGACCGCUCUUUGUGCGAAUUGGAAAAAGAGAAAAAAAGGGUAUAUAAGCACCUUAUGAUUGACUUUACUGUGAAUGACAAUCCAUCUUGUGAUCGGUAAUAGACGCCCAAGAAGUUAGAAGUUUUGGUUAAAGCUCAGGGACCUUUCAAACUCUUCAACAGGGAAACCAGAGUUAUGGGUCAAAACGCUUUUGAGAAACGUAGGGCUCUUCUUAUAUUGAGGAGCUAAUCAGGACAGAGCUACAUUUGUCCCUGUGGAAUCUCUGGAUUCUCAACUUUCGGCUACUUAACCCUGUUAAAGUUCCAUACUAAACCAACAGUAGAGGCUUUACAGCAAGGGUGUUCAACUUUGGCCCCUUUAAGGCUUGUGGACUUCAAUUCCCAGAGUUCCCAUUCAUGGCUGGCUGGGGAAUUCUGGGAGUUGAAGUCCACAAGUCCUUCCAAGGUUGGACACCCCUGGCUUACAGUAUAAGUUAACACUGACCCAUAAUGCAUAUCAAACAAUCACUCUUUUAUCUUUUUUAACAACAACAACAAAUAUCAUUGAAUCCUGAAUAUUUCUAGAUACUAUUUUGUGCUUUUCCAAAUAAAGAAACUUUGAGGGAAUGUGGCAAGAUUUUUCAAGGCUACUUUUACCCUACAUUAUAUAUAUAUAUACAUACAUACAUACAUACAUACAUACAUACACACAAGGGAUGAGUGAAGGAGGAUUGGAGAGAUCACCAGUCCAGAUAGAUUUCCUUAGGUGCCAAAUAUAAUUUCAUCUGUAACCUUAUGCAAAAUCAACCUCUCGUGCAACUUGGUUUAGAUUUUUAAUUUAUUUAUUUAUUGUUCCAGGUUUGCCAUUCGGUGCAACCUGCAGAGUCUGGCGGUAUUCAGCAGCAUUAAACAUAAAGGAAAAAAGCAGUGUUUAUUAUAUUGAAGUUAUUAAUUAAACUGUCUGCUGGGAGGAGGCCAAAAUGAUUAGAUGGUUGUAGCUGCCAUGUUUGGUUUUUAAUUCCUUCCCUGCAGAAACCUCUGACUUAUUUAUUUAAAUAGAUUAUUACAACCUUUAAAAAACUAUUUCAAACUCCUCAAUGAUCCGUGAGCAGUAUUUCUCAACCUCAGCAACAUUAAAAAAGGUAGACUUCAAUUCCCAGAUAUCCCAAGCAUGGGGAAUUCUGGGAGUUGAAGUCCACACCUCUGAAAGUUGCUGAAGUCAAGAAGCACCGUAUUUAGAGGAAUAUACUGCUCAAUAGUGAGGUGAGAGGUUUUCAUUUAAUUAAAAAGACUGCCCAAAUUAUUUUAAACAGCCCAUAGUAACGGUCCUCUAAGUAAUUCCAGAAUUGACAUUAAUUGUCUUGCCACUCGUAGUGCCAAUUGUUUGCCAAAACUUUUGAAGGAGGGAGGCUGAAACAGAAAUGAGGAGUUCCCUUGAGACAUGGAUUAUUUGUCUUUUUUCCAUGUUUCUUAACAGGAGGAUUUCUAAAGGGAAAGAAUUAGGAAUUUGUUGAACAGGCCAAAGAAAAGCGAAUCGCAUCUCAAAUACGUGACUGGAUUCCUCUGACUCCGAUCACACCCAUCCUAGCAAUUAUGGUUCCCCCCCCCCACUGAAUUGCUCAACGUGGCCAAUCGCCACAGCUCAAAAGCAUUAAUUUACUGUGAUGGUUGUGUUCGGAUUUAGGUUCUCAGAGAUCAGCCAUGACUGGGAGAGUCAUCUUCCUCCCUUUUCUUUUCUGAUUGAUUCCUUAGCAAGUCACGAGAUUUUGGAGCAAGAAUUGAUUUUGAGAAACUCAACAGUUUCCCAUCGAGCAGACAUGUUGCAUCUUAAGGGUCUAAAGGGAUUGGGGCAUCUUAGAGCAAGAGUGGGCAACCAUGACAACUUUAAGACCUGUGGACUCCAACUCCCAGGAUUCCUGAGCCAGCAUGGUUGCCCAACGCUCUCCUAGAGAUUUCAAUGCAAUAAAAUUAAAUAAGGAAGGAAAGCUAGACAAUGUAUCUGAAGUUGGAUUGGUAGAUCUUUCUCCCAGUUUGGGUUAUCCAUAGUCAUGUGAACCACCAUGAGGAUUAUUCCAUGUCCUUGUACCAGGAUUAGCCUGCACCCUUUCCUAAGGAUUGACUUCUUAAAUCAUCUAUGCACAGAUCUUGGGAGUGCCAGGGACACAGUUUUCAUCCAAAGGGACCAAGGAUUAGAAGGGGUUUCUGUGAUCCAUGAAGAUCAAAGAGAGGGCAAAGGGGCAAUGAAUAUGGAGAUCAGAGGUCAGUUCUGCCAGAAAAAUCUCCUGGAAACUUGGCAACGUGAUGGGUUACUUAAUCAAUGAGGACACAGCUGCAGAUCCCACAGCAUCUCAGGCACUUUCAUUCAAGAUCCCCCAUGAUUGCCUUAGACCGGGGUUCCUCAACAAUUUUCACCCUUGUGGACUUCAGUUCCCAGAAUUUGACUGGGGAAUGCUGGGAGUUGGAGUCUACCAUUUUCAAAGGGGAUAAGGUUGAAAAACACUGCUUUAGAUACAUCUAUGACCUUAUUGAGUUAGCAUAAAACAUGGAGUAGAGCUAUCUGUGUUAGGAGUUGUUGGGGUUUUUUUACCAGAUAUUUUUUUUUAUCAUUUUCAGAAAAGCAAGCAUAAAUACAACCUCACCUGUAUGUUUGGCAAGAAAAGCAUGUUAAGCUAUUGGGCAGCCAAAGCCAGAAAUUUCCCAGGUUGGGUUAGAGUAUCCUUUGAUUCAAAUCCAUUUUAAACCAUCAUAAUUUGUGAAUAACUGUGUGACCAAUUUAAAAUUCAUUAUAUAACUAUGGGUGGUUGCGUUUUUUUUAAAAAAAUAACUAUUUACAAAAUCAUUCCAAGUCCUGUAAUUAGUCAUUUGUUUAUUAAUGAAUGAUGUCCUAAUAACUUGAGGAUAUAGAACAGAAUAACAGAGUUGGAAGGGACCUUGGAGGUCUUCUAGUCCAACCCCCUGCUCAGGCAGGAAACCUUAUACCAUUUCAGUCAAAUGGUUGUCCAGUCUCUUCUUAAAAACCUGCAGCAUUGGAGCACCUGCAAUAUCUACGUGACUAUAUCCUCAAAAGUUAUUGGGACAUCCUUAGUUUUCAUCAUUUAUUUUACUCUUGUUUGGCUUGUGAUCACCCAUUCUAAUGCCAACUCAUCGAGGAAUAUGGGCAUAUCAUGUUUAUAGGUGGGCAUUAGCUAAGUCCUGCAGUUGCUUUAAUAAAAUUAGAUACCAGAAGCUCUAGAAAUAAAAUAAGCUGUAACCUAUCAUUACUUUAUAUCAAUAAAUAAAUCCACCGAUUGGAUUUUUAUGGGUAGCAGGGCGUAAUCUUAACUCUUCAGAGCAAUAAACCGACUGAAUCCAAAAAUGAAAUCCUCAGCUCCUGUGCAUUUUGAAUCUCCAAGUGAAGAAUUGUUAUUUACAUUCAGAUUUUAGAGUCUAUCGUUAGGGUACGUAUUUAAUUACUCUUAGAAGUUCAUCUCGUUGAUUUUGAAAUUCAGAAUAUAUCCCUCUUUCACCCCUCCCUCAGCGUUACGCCUCAUUAUUGAAGAUGCAUAAAUGCACAGGAUCCUACAAUCAUGUGUUAUCCUCUCAAAAUGCAGAAAAUUCAUAAGCAAUAUCGUGAAUUUUAUUUCACAAACCACAGAGGUACUGUAUAUAUAUAUUUUCCUAAUUCCAAAAUUUUCUAUUUUGACGCGACAAAAAAAUUUGUAAGAAAAAGACAAAAAACCUCCAGUGGUCCCUCUUUUGAUGACUAUAGGACAUUAGCUGGCUGCUUCUCUCUGUGUAAAUCGUACUGUCUGCCUGCUCCUUUUUUGUGGAGAUGCGUUUUUUGUAUGGAUGUUUGAGCCCACGGGAGGCUUCAAGCGAUGAAGUAUUUUUCCCACUUGGAAUAUAUUUAACGUAUUUAACAAACCCCAGACAAGGCUUUUUUUAAAAAAAAAAAACAUGUAAGAAGAAUUGCAGUGGUAGGUGGUUUAUUUGCAAAUUGUUUUCCGUGCGGUCCAUUUUAUGGCACCUUUAACAAUAUUCUUAUUUCCAAAGUACACAAUAAAGGUUAAAAAAAAAUACUCUAGCCAUAACUGAAUGUCAAGCAAUAAAACAAUGAUUUUUGUGCAUAGAUUUAAAGACAUACCAAUUGUAGACAUCUGCAUGUAAAUGCAAAAUCUCUUGUUUACUGCUUUCUUAAACUUGAUCAACCAACUCCUUAUUUUGCUACUAAUUUAAGGACUUGUAAUGGCCUGUAUACAUUUUCUCUAGCUUGGUUUGUUAUGUCAUUCUUUGUGUCUCAGCUUCUGAGUCCUACUUAACUGUUCCGUGUGGUUCUGCUCACCUCCCGUAUGGUUAUAACUACUUUGCGUUCAUUCUCUAUAGAUAAAAAGAUAUACUAUUUAAAAAAGAAAAGCCUACGCAGUGCAAAUAUUUAUCUGUUUAUCAAAUACCACAUUAUUCUGUAUAAUAUCUGUUUUACUAUAUACUCUAUUUUAGAAAUAGAUGUUUAGAACUAGCGUCUGUUCUUUUGUGUUUUUUGGAUGUGUGGUGCUAGAGAAGUUAAUUUGACAAAAAACACCCCUUCCCCUGUUUUAUUCCUAGGCAAUACCACACUUGAUCUCGUACAAAUAUUUCAUGGAAUAUUUAUGUGUGUGUGUGUGUGUGUGUGUGUGUGUAGGUGCGUAUAGACCUUAUACACACCUACACAUGUGCCCAAUGAAUUACCUGCAUCAGAGUAUUAAUUGGGAUCGUGGUUUUCUCUUCAAAUAUAUAAUAUAAUUCUAUAAAGUUGUCUCUCGUAUAUUUAAUCAGGAGGAACUUAACUCCUUGGUAUAUUUGAUAUCCAAUAUGGUGUUUCCUCUCUUCUUUUUACCUGCCUAAUUACGUUCUUGCAAUGCCAGGGAUUCACCAUCAUUUGGGCUGAUUUUUUUUUUUUUUUUUGCCAAUCUUUUGAAAACAGCUGUUCAAAACAUCUGGGUUUAAUUCGAAAUUGCCCUGCUCUGAAAUACUCACAGGACUAAAAGAAGCAGAUUUGGAGAACUGCAAAGCUCUAAUGAUAUAAUUAGAGAGUCCUGGAAUCAAUAGGUGACCCAUAGGACAACUUUAGUUUUAAAAAUAUUGUCCAGAAAAACCCAGCUGAACUUGCAGUUCCAGAAUCUGGUGGGCCAAUUUUAAUUACAUCCUUAAAAUCUAAAGUAGGGGUGUCCAUCCUUGGCAACUUAAAGACCUGUGGACUUUAACCCCCAGAAUUCCCCAGCCAGCAUGGGGAAGUUAUGGCCUGAGUGAUACCAAGAGUCCAUGUUGAACCAGAACAUGGACUUAGUCCUCCAAUAAAAUCUAGAUGUCUAAGACUUCUUGUGCAUUGAGCUAGAACUUACCAGCACAAGCACAUUUGGAGUGUCUGGGUAGGCUUUCUCAGUGAGUGAGAAUAUUACCAUCCUUGGUGGGGCAGGGUCUCCUAGUUAAAACGUGUCCACCAUGGUCUCAAACUGCUACUGGAAUCCAGAGCUUCCAAGCCAAACAGUGAAUAACCGCCCUACACCUUUUUAUGAGCUAUUCUCUGUAAACCCAAUAAGGAAUGCCCCAUGAAUAUUGCACUAAGGGCACUUACUAGACCUUCAAACUUGUGAAAACCUGAACCUCAUACAUCCUCUGUGGGACUCCUAGCUCAGUGCUCCUCAAGACCCUUGACCCAAAUUCAAUUUCUGGCAAUUCUGUGGAAGUGGGCAGGCAUUUUCUUGUUGACCACACUGAAAGGUUUUGUCAUUACCUUCUUUAAUUUCCUUAAAAACAUCUCUGUCUGGCCACCGCUCUGAACCUCCCUGGUGGACUCUUGUCCAAAUUUAUCUAUUAAUUGCAUUAACAUGGCUGCCCACCUCACCCAAAGUAACUCUAGAUGAUGGACAAAGACCAUCAGAUCUUUCUCCCUAGAGCUUCCAAGCCCCUGUAAGUUUGAUUGAGUGCAACUGCUUCCUGAAUCAAUGAAUGUUUCCUCCCAAGGAAAUAAGUGCAGAUUCUCCACCUCAUUUAUUCAAGAAAAAGUUUCACUGAACUUACCAUGAGUAAGUUGUGAGUAGAUCUGCAUAGAAGGACACUGUAAGCAUGAUUACCUGAUAAACCAACACAUGCUGAGCAAAAUGAACAAAUACUAUAAAGCUGCUGAUCAAUUCCUUUCUGUUCCUGUCCUGGGCAUUCACCCAUCCAUUCACCAAUGUGUGUUUACUGUAAGUCUAGAUAAGGGUAAUGCAAAAUGGAAAAUGCAAAUCUAGGUUCUCCACGGCAUUGCAAGUGACAGGUCUAAUUCUGAACAAAAGCUGGCACUGGAAUUCACCACCACCACCUGAGAUUGGCAGUAUAAAAAAAAAAAAAUAGGACCAGUAUUCUUUUAGCAAUAAUGGAUAUCAAAUAUCUAAAAUGUGGAAUACAUUUUGAAAUAUUUAUUAUGACUCUUUUAUGGACUAUUAACUGGUUAUAAAAUCUUUAACAAACAUUUUUGAGGAAUUUAAGAAGCUGUUUGUUUACCACUCUUUUUGAUAACAGAGGAUAGUGACUCUUAAAGUCCCAGCUCCAUGCACUGCUUCUGUUUUUGAUUUAAUACACCAGUCAUUAUUCUGGGGUGAAAAAAAAAAUCAAAAUGUAUCUGCACCCUGGCUACAUUUUAAUAAGCUUACGUACAUUUACUUCAUCCAUAAUAGUUGAUCAGGUUUUCUUAAACAUAUAAUCUUCUUUAAAAGAUGCAAGUCCAUUAUUACAGUUCAUUCCCUUAUCGGUCCAGGUCACUUUUUAAUCAGAGAUCCUCUUACUUGUGUAAUCCAUGUUUCACAUCCUUUAUACCAAUCCCUAAUUGUUUGGGCUUCAUUGUUUUAUAAAUUAUGCAAGUCUGUGCAAGUAAUGUUUCUCAUAGUGUCUGAGAAAUAAUAAAUGCUGAUUAUAAAUAUGUAUUGGUCUGAGAAUUAAGCACAUAUACAUCACCAACCUCACUGAGAGAAAUGCUCAGUCUUUUGUAAAUACCUACAAAUUGACAUGAAUCUGUACUGGACAUGCAAAAACAUGUGGUCUUUUGUGUACAGUAUAUAUAAGUCCAUUUUUCUAGUUAUAAAAAAGUAUAAGCCAUUGAGAUGAAUAUUAAAAGUAAUAUUGUAAUAAAAUACUAAUGGUCUUUGCCCUGUUAUGACCUAAUUUUUUUCACUGCAAUCAGAUUUUCUUUAGAAUUCACUCCUACACCUGACAGCUUAGGCGCAAGCAGUUUUAUCCUAAUCCUGAAUAAAGUAUUUUGACUCAUUUUGUAAAUACAAUUGUAAAAAAUAAGAGAUUUAAUGUUGUCUUUUAAAUACUCUGAUUUUCAUUCUAAUAUGAAUGUUGUUAUAUUGUACUUAGAACCUGUACCUUUAAUAUUACAUUACCUUUAUUAAGUGCAUUGAACACAUCAAUUUUAGAUGUGCUUUAUGUACUGGUUUCCUGUAAUAAAACUUCAGCUUCUAAUGGGAA